AUGGCCUCACUGCUGGCCCGCUACCUGCGCGCGUCGCAGUCACGGCCCGUGGCAGUGCAGUUUGCCACCGGCGCUCUGGUCAUGGCCGCCGGCGACGCCACCACGCAAGCAGCCGUCGAGCGGCAAGCGCUGUUCGACCCUCAGCGCAAUGCGACGGCGGCCGUCUUCAACGGCGGCGUCAGCCCGGCUCUGUAUAAGUGGUACGGUCUCCUGGACCGAGUGUGGCCAGGCUCCGCGCUCCGCCAGCUCGCGCCGAAGCUCCUUCUGAACCAAGCCGUCUCGUCGUCCCUCAUCAGCCCGAGCUUCCUCUGCUGGAGCUCGUGUGUCGAAGCGGCAUUGGCCGGACGUCUGAGUGCCGCGUCGGGACGCGCAAAGGUGGCGUCCGAUACCUAUCAGCGGCUGCGUGCGGACGUGAGACGCAUCGUCUGCACCUCCUUCAUGCUGUGGCUGCCGGCCAACGCGAUCAACUUUGUUUUCGUGCCGCCGCAUCUGCGCAUCGCAUUCAUGUCCGUCGUGGCGUGCGGCUGGGGCGGAUUCCUCUCGUACGUGGCUCAUCGCGAGAUGGAGCAGGACGAGCAAACGACCAGCAGUACUGUCUCCGGCCCAGCGUGA